AUGGCCGUCGCGGUUACAAGCGCCUCGCUGCGCGCCGCCCUGACCGCGCGACUUCCGCGUGUUGCCGCCUCCGCAUCUCUGCAGUCCGCCUCGCUGCAGUCCUCAUCCGCCAGCUUGCUUCCGCGCGCGUCACGAAAAUCGGAUGGAAGCAGGCGGGCCUCGCAUACCGUGUCGGCUAGCGCUGCCGCUGAGGGAUCAGCUGAUAGCGCCGUGGCUGUAGCUGCUGCUGCUUCAGAUGUAGCCGCUCCUACGGCCACCGGUCCUGUCCCUAGAGCUGCGCGUGGGGCGCAUCGUGAGGGCGUGGAAGGUCCCCGAGGCGGACAGCGUGUGCAACGAUUCUCCUUCGUUUCUCUCAACCCUCGCAUGCCCGUGGCAGAUGUGUGCAGCCUCGCCGAGGCCCUGGAGCUGCGCGUGGGGCGGGUGGUGCGGGCGUGGAAGCACCCCGAGGCGGACAGCCUGUACGUGGAGGAGGUGGACGUGGGCGAGGAGGGCGGCCCGCGCACCAUCUGCAGCGGCCUCGUCAAAUACAUUCCCGAGGCCGACAUGCAGGAUCGGCUGGUGGUGGUGCUGGCUAACUUAAAGCCGCGCAACAUGAGGGGCGUCAAGUCCAACGGCAUGCUGCUCGCUGCCUCCGAUGACGCCCACGAGAACGUCCAGCUCCUCUCGCCGCCCGCCGAAGCUGCGCCGGGCGAGCGCAUCUGGUUCGGCGCCGAGGCUGACGUUGCCUCGCAAGCUGCUGCUGCCACUCCAAACCAGCUGCAGAAGAAGAAGAUAUGGGAGGCUGUGCAGCCACAGCUCAAGACCACAGAGGAUUGCGUUGCUACACUUCUGGACAAACCAAUGCGGGUGGCAAGCGGUGUCAUCACAUGCAAGUCCCUGGCUAAGGCAAACAUUGGCUGA